AUGCUUCCGGCUGCAUGGCUCCUUUUAAUCGCAGCUUGUUUAGCUGCGUCCAUCCAGAAUUCUGUGUAUGCCUGGUGGUGGCAUAAGGAGUCAGAGUCCCCAAACCCAGCAAAUGAGGUCUCCACGACAACUGAACUGAGUCAAUUGAGACUGAAUACGCCAAUUUAUAGUGCAGAUUUACAAAGUUCCAACAACUAUGAUGGCCAAUUAAGCAGUGGAAUUGACAAAGAAAGAACUAGCCUUAUAAAUGAGACCAGCUAUAAUGCAUCCUUGGAAAAUAAUGUGGAAAAUGACCAGAAUCCGUCCUAUUAUAAUGGCAAUAGAGAUAUAAUAGAAACGAUAGAUAAAAACAGUGGGUCUAUAAAUGAGAUAAUAAGCAAUUCCUCAAAUAAUGACAUUCAGAAGCUCGUCAAGGCAACAAUUCCUCCGCUGAAUCGAUUAAACAGUGAAAAUGAUACAGUUUCAUUGCAAAAAUCUCAGCCACUCCUUUCAGCAAAAGCGAUGGGUGAAUCUUUCGUCUCCUCGGUCCCCGAGGCUGAGGCCGGCAAUCUGUUCGGGCGGACGAGCUUAGAGAUGGAAGAAGGUCAAUUUGGCCAAAUGACAUUUGUUAACUGUUGUAAAGCUGGCGAAGAGGUAGCGCAUAAACUAUGGAGAAGAAAUGAAGCAAAUGACAUGCCACAUAUUAGUGAGGCUGAACUAAAAGUUUUACAAGAAUCUAACCCUCAAAUAGAAGGAAAUAUGCAAACGCAAGUUCGUAAAAUCUAUAUGAACUGCUAUGAGAUACCUGUGAUUAAAAAUGACAAUUAUAGUGUAAGUUUUGCCUGCAUCCUAAUAUUUACUAUUAAAUGCUAA